AUGCGGGCGGUGGGGAUGCAGCAGAUGGGGUGGGACAUGAGAGGGGGAGGAGGAGGGCACGGUGGCGCUGUUGGGGACGGUGGUGGGCCGGGAGGACGCGGCCUCACUGUCGGAGGCGUUGCUGUCGGGGGCGGGGACCAGCACCAGCAGCGCGUGGAGGCGGCGCACUACCGCGGCGUGCGGAAGCGGCCGUGGGGCCGGUACGCGGCGGAGAUCCGCGACCCCUGGAGGAAGACGCGCGUGUGGCUGGGCACCUACGACACCCCCGUCGAGGCCGCCAUGGCCUACGACCGCGCCGCGCUCGCGCUGCGCGGCACCAAGGCCAGGACCAACUUCACCCCCGGGCGCGGCGCCGCCCGCGCCCGCGCCGGCGCCACGCCCGCCCAGGCUCGCCCGCUCCCGCUAUCGCACCAGGCGCUGGCGGCGCCCGGCGGCCACUUCGGCGGGCUCGACGUCACCCACUCCUCGCCCUGGCACGUCGUCUAUCUCCCGCCCAGGCUGCACCAGGCCGUGGUGGCGCCGCCGAUGCCCCUUGUGGCAGCAGUGGCGGGGGACGUCGCCUCGUCGCUGCCAUCCACGGCGCUGGAGCUCCGGACGGGGCCCAAGGCCCUCCCGUUCGACCUCAACGAGCCGCCGUCGCUGCUGUUCGGCUCGCGAUCUCCAUGA